AUGUACAACAUGUUUCGGGAAGCUCAUGCCUUCAACUCAGAUAUCAGUCGCUGGGACGUGUCAAGAGUUCAGUCCUUCCUAAGAGUGUUUUAUGAUGCUCAAGCAUUCAAUGUCAACAUUGGGGGUUGGGGAACUGGCAAUGUGGUUACGAUGAAGGAAACAUUUCAACUUGCAUCCAGCUUCGACCAGCCCAUUGGGGGAUGGGCAACAACAAAGGUGACAGAUAUGACCAAUACAUUCCGAAAUUGUCCCUCUUUUGAUCAAGACCUGGGCAGCUGGGAUACCACAAAUGUAGAAACGUUUUCAGUGGCUGGGACACAUCCAAAGUUUCAACUCUCAGGCAGACCUUUGAAGGAGCACCAGCCUUCAACCGGCCCCUCAAUGCAUGGGAUGUGGGUCAGGUGGUAUCAUUUGACAGCACGUUUCAAAAUGCUCUCAACUUCAAUCAAAACCUGUGUGAUUGGAGCGUCCACAUCCUGUCGGGCGCAACUUUUGCAGGCACUUUUGGUGGCACUGGAUGUGAAUCAACUGACACUCCUCAACUAUAUGGAUCGAUCUGGGGUCCACUUUGUUCAGUAG